ACCAACUUCCACCCUUUUGAGCGUAUCUGACUACACGACGCCGUUUCGACUGUUCCAAGAUUGAAAGGCAAGGAACCGUAUAUGCUCGCAACUCAUUGACGCAUCCGCAUCGGAGUUUUCAACUUGGAGGAGAACUCCGGUAGGCUGCAGUGAUGCCGUCUGUAGCUCCAAAGAAAAGGCCCAAAGAUGCGGCCACUAGGGCCGAUCAGAUGAACAGGGGAAUUUUGCUUUACUCCAUUUUACUUGCUCUUCAGUACGGAGCUCAACCCCUAAUCUCCAAGCGAUUUACGAGACGAGAAGUUAUUGUGACUUCAUCUGUCUUAACUUGUGAGAUUGUGAAGGUCGUAUGUGCUCUGGCUAUCAUGGUGAAAGAAGGAAGUUUAAAGAAAACUUUUAGUGAGUGGACUGUUGCUGGUGCAUUAACUGCUUCAGGACUUCCUGCUAUUAUUUACGCAUUACAAAAUAGCCUUCUGCAGAUAUCUUACAAGAAUCUUGAUUCUUUGACAUUCUCAAUGCUGAAUCAAACAAAGAUACUCUUCACUGCUGUAUGUACAUAUUUUUUACUCAGGCAGAAGCAGUCCAUUCAGCAAAUUGGGGCUCUAUUCUUGUUGAUUGUUGCUGCCGUUCUUCUAAGUAUAGGAGAAGGAUCUAGUAAGGGUUCCAGUGAUGGCAGUCCUGAUCAAAUUUUGUUUCAUGGGAUUAUUCCUGUCUUGGUCGCUUCUGUACUUUCUGGUUUGGCUUCUGCAUUGUGUCAAUGGUCUUCACAGGUUAAGAAACAUUCAUCAUACUUGAUGACCGUAGAAAUGUCUGUAGUUGGAAGUCUGUUUCUAUUUGCUAGUACUUAUAAAUCACCUGAUGGAGAAGCUAUCAGACAGCAUGGUUUUUUCUACGGCUGGACUAUUCUCACCAUGAUUCCAGUCAUAUUCAAUGCUCUUGGUGGAAUUCUUGUUGGACUAGUCACCAGUAGGGCCGGUGGUGUUCGAAAGGGAUUUGUCAUUGUGUCGGCACUUCUUGUGACAGCAUUGCUGCAGUUCAUAUUCGAAGGGAAACCGCCUUCAAUGUAUUGCAUUGUGGCUCUUCCCCUAGUGGUCAGUAGUAUUUCUAUAUAUCAAAAGUAUCCCUACAGAGUUAAAAAGAAGGAAUUAUAGCUUCUGACUGUUAUUUACCGGAACAUUAUCUCAUUGCAUGGAUGGAAUUUGUAGAUGUAUCACAUUAUCAAAGCUGCAUAAAUGGCUAUAUCUUCAUAUUUUAGUCAUCUGCUUGAUAAUUGUAGUUGCUAAGGGUACAAAAUACUUGAUUUAUUUGAAUUCAUAGAAUUCUGUAUUUGGAUAUGCAUCAAGCUGUAAAUGGAUGACGUAUAUGAUCAUUUCAUUCUUCAGUUCCAGAUGAGCAUUGGAGAAGUGAUGAUUACCUAUAGGCCUUAACAAUAUACAAACAGUAUCGGAAGUUUAUUUUCUUCUCAGUUUACAAAUUGUUCUCUACUGUUUGAAUAUGGAUGGAAAGAAACAAUGUCAUCUUGUUAUUAUUAUUCAACAUUAAUUUAAUCCUACGUUUUAUUA